AUGCCAGAUCCAAGUGAUGAUCUUAAAGACCCUGGCGGCAUUCAGCAUCAGCGAAGUUCGGAAAUCCCACCGCCACCACCAUAUUCGACCAAAGGUGCCACCGCCAGCACUGCAGCUCAAGGCUCUACCACCUACCCCGUCCAGGCGUAUCAUAUGCCAGUCCCCGAAUGUACGUUUGCGGUCGAAUAUGCGGAUUGGAAAGGGAAAGGGCUCCGCGUUCUCGACAAGACCAACGGGACCAAUACGUUGGCCUACACCGGCACGAUCCAGUUGCGCAAGCCACAACUGGCCAUCCAAAAAAUUCCUUCGUCGUAUACUGACAUCGAAAACAAUGUGCACAGUGACACCGCUGCAUUCCAUACUCUGAGUUGCAAGAUCGACAUGCUUGUCCAUGGAGCAGCAUUCACACUCCUACCACAUAUCAGGCUGCACGCUCGGUUCACCUACACUUCACCCAACCAUCCAAUGAAUGCGAGGUUGAAGUGGAAGAGCAGGACCUUGUUCAAGGCUUUUGACUUUGACUGCACAAGUGAGGAGGAUGGCGUCUUGGUGGCACGUUUCUCGGCGGCCAACUGGAGCAUAGCCAAGGUCGGGCAAUUGGAGAUCUUUGGUCAGCAUGUAGCUGACAAUCCGAAAUUCGUGGAUGAAGUGGUGGUAGUGGCCCUUGCCUUGGCCCACUACUCCCUGUCCCAGGCCGCGGCAGUGUCUAUCGCCGCUUGA